GUGUCAGCUCUUUGACAAAAGACUUUGAGCUGACAAUAGACUAGACUGUGAUUGAGCUGAAGUAACUCUGCGGAUCAGGCUACACUUAUCUUUCAGCUACUAGUCCCUGGCUGCCUCAGGGCAGGUCAGGAAGGUCAGAACAAUGGCGACAAGUCAUGAUCUGGGUGAGCAACUCUAUAAUGCUUCUCGUGAUGGUCGUGUGGACGAUGUGGAGAGGCUGCUGGCUAGAGGAGCUCCUGUAGACUGGAGGGACAGAUAUGGAUGGACCGCUCUCCAUAGGGCAUGCUGCAACAAACACCCUGAUGUAGUGAAGAUACUCACACAGCAAGAUGGCAUCGAUAUCAAUGUACAGACUAAUGCUAAGUACACUGCCCUGCACUUUGCCUGCUGCUAUGGAUACCUGAAGUGUGUCCAGUUACUGAUGGCAACUGGACAGUGUGACCUAGGAGUUGUGAACAAUGGUGGACUAACUCCACUGGGAGAGGCAGUCAGUUGGGGGGUGCUGGAAACUAUCAAGUACCUUAUCACAGAGUGCAAUAUAGACAUCAAUGAUUCUGCACAAGUAGUUCGUAUCCUAGAGCUGACACUGAAAGAUAAAGAUGAUGUAACCACCAAAGUUGACGAGGACAAUCGACUUCUCUUGGCUUGCAAGUUUGGGUACGCAGUAAUUGUUCGAUAUCUGAUCAAUGAGUGCAAUGUGGAUGUCAAUGGAGCUGUGACCAGUGAUGGACUAACUCCACUAGGAGUGGCAGUCAGAGAGGGGCACCUGGACACUAUCAAGUACCUCAUCAUGGAGCACAACGUGGCUGUCAAUGGAGCUGUGACAAGUGAUGGACUAACUCCACUGGGACUGGCAGUCAGAGAAGGGAAGCUGGACACUAUCAAGUACCUCAUCACAGAGUACAAUGUUGAUGUCAAUGUCACUGUGACCAGUGAUGGACUAACUCCACUGGGAGUGGCAGUCAGAGAGGGGCACCUGGACACUAUCAAGUACCUCAUCAUGGAGCACAACGUGGCUGUCAAUGAUUCUGCACAAGUAGUUGGUAUCCUAGAGCUGACACUGAAAGAUGAAGGUGAUGUAACCACCAAAGUUAACGAGAACAAUCGACUUCUCUUGGCUUGCAAGUUUGGGUACGCAGCAAUUGUUCGAUAUCUGAUCAAUGAGUGCAAUGUGGAUGUCAAUGAAGCUGUGACCAGUGAUGGACUAACUCCACUGGGAGUGGCGGGGCACCUGGACACUAUCAAGUGCCUCAUCAUGGAGCACAACGUGGCUGUCAAUGGUAAGUCAGUAUACAGUUAGCUGAUACAGCAUGUGCAGUACAUGUCGGGGGAUUUGGCACAUCCAUGAUUAGCAACCAGUAAGUUGCGGAUGCUUUAAUACUAUUUUGGACACAAUCUUUUGUACAUUUUCUGUUGUAAGUGUACAACGCAGAUACUAUAUUCACCCGAGG